UUGGUUCUCCCCAAACGUGGUAGUCGCAGACGUUGGGUGAACAGGAGAUCUGGGGAGGCAGUGUUAGGUGGGAUGAAUCUAGAGACACAUCAACAGUUCAUUGGAUUAAAACAACAAUUAUAUUACUGGGUGAACUUCAAAGGAAGAGUGAUGGCACACGUGGUGAAAGAGGAAUCGGUAACUGGGCCUGGGCCUUCAGGGCCCGGACCACCCAUCUAUGACUUCUGGGUGAUAUGUAACGAGAAUUCAGAAAAUUCCAUCAGAAAUGCGACUUUCAUCGUAAAUCAACUGGAGGAAAGUGGGCUUCGUGGAUAUUUCUCAAAGAGGGAUUCAACAACAACAGAACCUUCUUUAAGCGAAAUCCCAGAUUCCCUAGAGAAAUGCAAAUACUACAUCGUGCUCUUUGAUGAAGAUUUCAACGAUGACAACUACACCGCAUUCGCAUCUGACACAGUUUUCCGACUUCUCGUUAACACAGGAGAGCUACCAAGAUUUAUCCCACUGGUGAUUGGUGUUGACAGGCGACAGGUAGUGCCGAAUUACAUCCCGAAUUUCUGCCUUGAGUUUGAAAGAGACUUGCCAACUAACACCAGGCAGUUCAUGAGAUUGGAGAAUACAUUGAAAGCACCAAUCCCACAAGCAACAUGGGGUUUUUAA